AGAGCCCAUCAUCAGUAACAACUCCAUCCAAACAACAAAAUUACAGAAUUGCCCUCAUCAUUGUAUCAUCAGAAACAGGUCGGAGUCACAGCACUGAAUUCAACUGAUCGUGAAAACCAAAAGCAGGCCGGAAAAAGCAGCCGGAGUUAAUCGUCGGCCGCCAUAAACAAGCUGUAAAUGUUAAAGGGGUUUCCAAGUUUAAUGCUUUCUCUUUAUGAACACUUACAAGGAUGUUGUGUCAAAGCAUGCCAAGGAAGCAAAAACAAUAGAAAUCAAUAUGGAAUUAGCAGACAGAGCAGUUGGAUUUCUAUUGUCUUGUAUAAGCUUAUCGAUAUUCACUUAUUAUACUUUCUGGGUUAUCAUCCUGCCCUUUGUAGAUGGUGAUCAUUUCAUACAUAAAUAUUUCUUACCCCAAGAAUAUGCCAUAUUAAUACCUGUUUCUGCUGGUGUUGCUCUUCUUUGCCUCUUAUGCAUAUUUAUUGGGUUCGUGAUGCUCAAAUCCAAGAAGAAGAAGGCAUAAUGUAUGUUGUCUUUUUUGUUGCACAAUUUAUUUUGAUGUUUGAAACAAGUAUUUUCCAGCAUUUUAUACGAGAAUAUAACUUUGCAUGUCCCUAGUGUCAGGAAUUGGCAACCACAUUAACUUUUAUUUGUGGGGCUGGCGGGGAGAUUUGAUGUCCUUUAUGUAGUAUAUACUAUCUAGCACACAAAAGGAUUUUGAUCUUCUC